CUGACAAUGCCACAAACAUGAUCUUAGCUGGCGUGGAAGCAGAGAUGAAACCUCACCUCAUGUGCUUUGCACACACAAUAAAUCUGGCCACACAGAAAGCCUUCAAAGUGGACAAAGUAGCAACUUUGCUGGGGAGGGUAAGGAGAGUGGUUGGCUUUUUUCACCGCAGUGUCAGGGCAGCAGAAAUUCUACAAGACAAACAGAAACAACUGGCCUUGCCCAUCCACAAACUCAUCCAAGACGUGUCCACCCGGUGGAACAGUACCCAGAGUAUGCUGGAACGUGCCCUGGAACAACAGCCUGCCAUUUCCGCUGCACUUAUGUCCAGGGAUCUCAGAAGAGGAGAAGAGAUUAACACUCUUAAGGACAAAGACUUUUGCAACAUCGAAGAUAUUGUCAAGCUGAUGGCACCGGUCAAACUUGUGACCACCAGCAUGUGUGAAGACAAGCGGCCCACUCUCUCAAUGAUUUCCCCUGUCAGAUCAAAGCUCAAAAAGAACUUUGAAGCAUCAGAUGAAGACUCAGUGGUGAUCAAAGACAUGAAACAAGCAUUCAGAAAUGACUUGGAGAAACGCUACACUGGCCAGGAUGAUCUCUUCUACAUUGCAGCAGCUCUGGACCCCCGGUUCAAAUCUCUGCCCUUCCUGACGGACCAUGAUGCUGAGCGGACGUUCACAAUCAUAACAGCAGAAGCUACAUCUCUGCACAACAAGGUAAAUCCCCCAACACAACAUAAUUUACUCAACACAAAAUACAUAUUACAAUGCAUUCUCAAGUCUACUGUCAUUAGAUUUAUUCUGACUGCUGUUACUGUAUGUUUGUUCUGUGUUUGUCUUCAUUUUAUUUCUAGGCAACAGGGGAUCCAGUCCAGAGGGGCCCACUGCAGAAAAAUCCAUGUCAGACUGAAUCUGCCGUCGGAGAUCUGGACAUCAGCAUUGAUGCACCACCCCAGAACCAAGAAGAUCCUGAUGAUAAUGACCCUCCUGUGAAAAAGAAAAAGAUGUCAGCAUUGGACCAGCUGUUGGGAAAAGACUUUGAAGUGAGGAUGGCAGCUACAUCUGUAAGAGACAAGGCCAGUGAAGAAGUCAAGAGGUACAGAGAGCGUGAUCCGUUGCCCCUGCAAAAAAACCCACUACAGUGGUGGAAAGAGCAGCAGGACUUGCCACUGCUGUCAUCUCUCGCUAAAAGGUACCUCUGCAUCCCGGCCACCAGUGUGGCAUCUGAACGUGUGUUCAGUACUGCGGGAGACAUUGUUUCUGCAAAACGUAGUCUGCUCAAACAUGAGCAUGUGGAUCAGUUGAUUUUCCUUAAAAAAAAUCUGCCCUCCAAAAAAAUACAGGACAGUGAUGAUGAAAAUGCAUAGUGUAAGUGAACUACGGCUUUUUGACGUGGGAAACUGUUCCUCACACACAGUAGUUUGAU